AUGUUAGACCUUAUCAACCAAAAGGACUAAUAAAACUAUUCAAAAGGAAAAAAUCCUAAUAAUUUCACUCCUUUUUUAAAUGGAUUUAGUAAUUCAAAACAAAGAAAAUUGAAAUUAAAAUAUCACAACUCUAUUUCAUAUACACCUCAUCAAAAUAAGUAUUUUGGUUAUUGUUAGUGUCCUAAUUAAAAAGUUAAACACACUUCAUUAGCAAAAGUCUCCAACAACAAAAAUACAACAGAAAUUAAUAAAGAUGUAAAACCAUCACUACCUGUAAGUCUAACAAAUUGUUUUAAUAAACCUAAAACUCCAAAAAUUUCAUUAACCUAAAAUAUUAAUACUGUAAGAUAUAAAAUAUCAGAAAACAAUUUUGAUGAUAAUCUCAUUCCUCAUUUAAGUGGAAGUCUAAAUGAUGCAACUUAAGUUUAUUAAUCUGGAUCUAUUGAAGCUAUGAAAUAUAGAAAAGGAACUUUAGUUAUGGAUAAAUUGAUUAAGUUAAAGAAUAAUGAGCCAGAUUAAUUAAGAUUCACUUGUAGAUACUUAAACAAUAAGAAAAUUAAGUCUCCUCCAUAUAUGGUGAUGUAAAAAUAUGACAUCAUUAAUAAGAUUAAUCAGGAAUAAGAAAGAAAAAUUGCAAAAUCUAUUGAUGAUAGUCUUAUUAAAAGAAUUGUUCCUCUUCCUCAUUUAUAAACACUACCAAACAAAGGUUAGAAUUCAUCCUAUUAAAAUGUUGAUAUUUCAUUAUCUCAAUCUAUUGACUCUUAGAAGAUUAAGGCCUUCAUUUCAUAAAGAUGA